AGAGUUGCUGGCCUGAUGGACGCGGAGAGCCUCCUCCUGUCGCUGGAGCUGGCGUCGGGCAGUGGGCAGGGCCUCAGCCCCGACCGCCGGGCCUCGCUGCUCACUUCCCUCCUGCUAGUGAAGCGCGACUACCGAUACGAUCGGGUCCUGUUUUGGGGUCGCAUCCUCGGCAUGGUCGCGGAUUACUACAUCGCACAGGGCCUGAGUGAGGACCAGCUCGCACCACGCAAGACACUCUACAGCCUGAACUGCACCGAUUGGAGCCUCUUGCCCCCCGCCACAGAGGAGACGAUGGCACAGACAGCCAUGGUGAAGGGCCGCUUCAUGGGGGACCCAUCACAUGAGUAUGAACACACCGAAAUCCAGAAAGUGAAUGAGGGUGAGAAGAUCUUUGAAGAAGAAGUAGUGGUCCAGGUCAAGGAAGAGACCCGCUUGGUGUCCAUCAUUGACCAGAUUGACCAGGCUGUGGCCAUCAUCCCCCGAGGUGCCCUCUUCAAGACCCCUUUUGGACCCUCUAAUGUUAACCGAACUUUUGAAGGACUGUCCUUGUCUGAAGCCAAGAAGCUCAGCUCUUACUUCCACUUCAGGGAGGCUAUCGACUUGAAGAAUAAGACCUUGCUUGAGAAGGCUGACCUGGACCCCUCCCUGGACUUCAUGGACUCUUUGGAGCAUGACAUCCCCAAAGCAGGGUCAUGGAGCAUCCAGAUGGAGAGAGGCAACGCUUUGGUUGUUCUGCGCAGCCUGCUCUGGCCAGGCCUCACCUUCUACCAUGCUCCCCGCACCAAGAACUACGGCUACAUCUAUGUGGGCACGGGAUAUGUGGGAUGUUCCCCUGGAGCUAUAUAAGAAAGGGAAGAUCAUUUGCCACUCAAUUAUUCCACUUGGUGGAUCUCUGGUGCUUCCUGCUUUUAACCUCUGGCCUCAGUCGCUGCUCCAAGCUGGACCCACUGAAGGACCUCAGAAUUAGAUGCCUGCCCUCAGGGCUCUCAGCUCAGAAGAGAGACUCAAAAAUUGGUGGAGGUCCUGGAAGGUGAUCUUGUCCAGACCCCGACCUGCAAGCAGGCCUGGGCUGGGAAUGGCCUGCCCUUUCCUCAAAAAAAUUUCUGUAGAGGGGACUUCUUGAGCCCUUUUUCCUACUUCUCAACCUUAGUCUCUGGCUGGGCAGGACUCUUCCAUCUCAUUUGUGCAGUGGCCAGGCCACUGGGUGACAUAUGCUGUAUUUUGUAGACCUAUGAGGCAAUGUAAGUAGCUGGGGGCAUGUUCUCUGGAUUCAUACUGGGUACAAAUCCCAGCUCCGUUGCUUGUUAGCUAUGUGAUGUUGGGGACUCCUUAAUCACUCUGUGCCUUAGUUUCCUCAUCUGUACAACAGGAAU